GGAUGCGCCCGCUCGGCCCGCCCUGACCCGCCCCGGUACGGCUCUGGCGCGGCGCGGGAGACGCGGAGCGGCUAUGGCGCGCUCGCUCAACUCCAUCGUGGCCGUCAGCCAGAACAUGGGCAUCGGCAAGGACGGGCAGCUGCCCUGGCCGCCGCUCAGAAAUGAGUACAAGUACUUCCAGAGAAUGACGAGCACAUCCCGCGUGGAAGGUAAACAGAAUGCACUGAUAAUGGGUAGAAAAACGUGGUUCUCCAUUCCUGAGAAGAACCGUCCUUUAAAAAACAGAAUUAAUAUUGUGCUCAGCAGGGAGCUCAAGGAAACCCCGAAAGGAGCACAUUAUCUUUCCAAAAGUCUGGAUGAUGCUUUAUCUCUUUUGGAUUCACCAGAGUUAAGAAGUAAAGUAGACAUGGUUUGGAUCGUGGGAGGCACUUCAGUAUACAAGGCAGCAAUGGAGAAGCCAAUUCAUCAUCGAUUGUUUGUGACAAGAAUCUUGAAAGAAUUCGAAAGUGACACAUUUUUUCCAGAAAUUGACCAUAAAGACUACAAGCUUCUAACAGAGUACCCAGGUGUUCCUGCUGAUAUCCAAGAAGAGAAUGGGAUCCAGUACAAAUUUGAAGUGUAUGAAAAAGCUGUUGUGGCAGAAUGAGGGAGGCAUUUUACACUUCUGCAUAAGGGCAGGUGUUUUAAACCAUGAAAUUUUACUGGGUGUAAAGAUACAUUAAAUUUUUGAAGAAAAUCA